AUGAAUAUCACGCAAAGUAUCAUCUCAGGACGAGAUCGAGCAUUGAUUGGUGGUGACUACAGCAAUUAUCAUACCCAGUCGACCAGGAGGAUUCACACCAUUCGAAAGAGACUAGGCGUGACCACUCCCAAAGGCAAGAAAUAUACGCCCAAGGGACCAAUCACUCCACAAGAUGUCGCGAAGAAUGCUGAGUGGGUGCAUCUGCUUCUCACCAGUGCCGAGCGAGCAUGGGCUGACGCUAUGCACAUGAAGUCCUCUCAGUCACCCGAAAACACCCAGAAGCCUAUGCCUGGCGCGACCAAACGUCAGAUCGUUUCUAGAUUCCGAAGGGCCAUUGCAUAUGCUGCCAAUUUGGUGGAAGUAUUGGAGGAUCAGUCCACAACCAAUGCUACAAACCAAGACGUUCUGGAAGCCAAAGCCUACAUGGCUCUAUUAAAGGGCGGCUUAGAUUUUGAGAGGAACAGGUGGUCUUCCUGCAUUCGUCAUUACUCCUUCAUUCGUCUCGUAUAUACUGCUCUGGCCAGCCAGGCACGCUCGGACCUCUACCGCGACCUGCUUGAGGGCACUAUCGACCCCAGCAUACGUUAUGCUGCUUACCAAGAGAAGCUACCACGUACAAAGGCCGUCUCGGAUAUUGCUAUUGAGAACUUCCCAAGCGAGGAAACACAAUCGCGUCAGGAUAUUCUCAAUGCUGACGCAAGUGCUUUCCGGACUUCUGCUGAGGAGGCUACCGCACAGUCAGAAGGAGCAACUGACCUGCCUACAUCUCUCGACUGGCGAGGAAGAAGAGUCAAACUGGAAGAUGCUUCGAUAUCCCAAGCGCUAGCUGCAGCUUCGGCAAAGGAGACUGCUAUCGCUCAGACCUAUACUUCUUUCCAAAAUGGUUCUACCUCAGCAAAGGACCUUGCAGCUGGCUACGACGAUAUCGUGAAUGCUCGACAGGACGCUGCCGAUGCCACAAAGAUUGUCAUUGAUGAGUUGCUUGCAGAGGGUGCUGGUGCAGGAGAUUCACGAAUCCAAGGUCUUCAGGUGACUAGAACUGCUGUGAACUACGCUGUUAUCGCUUGGCGAAUAGGUAGAAACAGGGUCCUUUGUGGUGACUCGGAUGGCUUGAAGCUAGAAUCUCACAGACCCAGGCGGGUGCAGAAAGACUCGAAAGCAGCUAACUCCAAAUCGCUGAAAGAAGAACCUACUGGUCGGAAAAUUGCUCGACUGAGAGAGAAAGUUGCUCUAUAUGAUUCGAUACUACAAAAUCUGCAAGCUGUUAAGCAACUGCCUGGUGUCAUCGCAGACACUACUUUUAUGGAAGAGCUGGACUCCAAAGGAGCCUAUUUUAGAGCUCUCAAAUGCCUGGCAAUUGGUCGCUCCCAUGCCAUCAAUGGUCAAGUCAGGAACGCUCUGGCUCUAUUCGCAAGAGCUCAAAACCUUAGCCAGAAAGUCACUUCGCAAGCAGAGGCCUCUGACGUACCCAAAUCUGAUAUAUCUGCCACGCAGCUACAAGCGGUUCAGAACUAUCUGACCUCCCUGACACUUCAAUACCAAGCGUUGGCUGACCUUACAAGCCAUUCCUCGAAACAUUCGUCACAGACCAAGCAAUAUGCACCUCCACUGCUCGAACGUCUUCACCUCAAUCAAUAUGAUGACAAUGUCGACCUCAAGAACAUCGUCAACUAUCCACCAAAGUUACAACCCAUUCCUAUGAAACCGUUGUUCUUCGACCUUGCUUGGGACUACAUUCAGUAUCCUGGUCAGCAAGCGACUCCACUGACGACGAGCACGACGACGACAUCGGCCACAGCUACCGAGGAACCAAAGCAAGCUCAGGCAGAAGAAGCACCGAAGAAGCGUGGCUGGUUCGGAUUUGGUAGAUAG